GUUUCCCCUCAGUCAUUCAGUCACUUUACCUUGGUUUCCAUCUUUCUCUCAGCUGUGCAUUAUACUGAAAACCAACCCUUUCAGGGAAACAUCAGCAUGAUAACAUGCUCUUGUACUUUUUCCACACUAUUAACCCCUCUCUCUCCAUCCUUUUUGUCUCUCUUUACUUCUCUAACAUUGCGUUUCCAAAUAAUAUUGUAGCUCUCACUUCCUUCGUCCAUCUAUUUAUACCUGUUGUUUGAAACUCUUUUUCUCAUCCCAAACACCAAAACCGAAUACCCAAGUUUCAGUUCUGAUCAAAAACGAAAAAAAAAAAAGACUUGAGAGAGUAAUUAAGAGCUGUUGGUUUUGUUUUCUGAUGUCUCCAGCAGGCUCCUCUAGGUGGUGUCCAACGCCAGAACAGCUUAUGAUUUUAGAAGAGACGUUUAGAAGUGGGAUUAGAACCCCAAAUGCCUCUCAAAUCCAACGAAUCACUUCUCACCUCUCUUUCUAUGGCAGGAUUGAAGGCAAGAAUGUUUUUUAUUGGUUUCAAAACCAUAAGGCAAGAGAAAGACAGAAGCUCAGAAGGAAACUUACCAAGCAACCACAACUACAACAGCAACGUUAUCAUCAGCAUCAGCUUCAACAAAACCAUCCUAACCACCAUUUUCUUCACUAUUUUGAUUCUUCUAGUCCCCCUUCUUUUCAACAUCUUUCAUGCUAUAACUCAGCCAGCCUUGUUCCUCAGGUGGGGAUAUUUCAUGAGGAUGCUGCAGCAAAACAAACGAUGAACUACGCAUGGAAGUUUGACAUUCCAGAAAAAGGGGACAUGGAAAAGGCAAUGAUGAGAACGUACGGCAGUGAUUGGUUGAUGAUGGUUGAUAUGGGUCCCCGUUUACCACCAUGCUUCUCCACCAGGGCACCCCUUAAAACCCUUGAACUUUUCCCUGUCACGGCCACAAAUCUCAAGGAAGAGUGCAACAACAACAACAACAACUCUUCCAAGCCUCUUGCUUGUAUCAGUAAUAACCCCACACCUGCUAAAGUACCCCUAACCCUCCCUUAA